CCCUGACUGCGGGUGGCGCGCUCGCUAAAUCAGCUCAGCUCAGGACGCGUGCUGUCUCUCUGUGUGUGCGACCAGGCAGAAGCCACACAUCCCAUCCCCGCCGGCCCCGACCCUGACCCUGGGCAGCCCCGGCCCGCGCGGAGCGGGCCACCGAGCGUGUACACGACGCGCCAGACCCGCCGCAGCCUCUUCCGGCCGAAGGACUGCGCGCCGUCCUGGUAGCCGCGGCGAUGGCGCCCGCGGUCCUCGGCGCCACCCCUCCGCUCUAGCGCGACAAGGAGUCUGAACGAGUGCCACCACCACCACCACCACCACCAUGGCGCUGGUGAUGCUGCCGUGCGACGUGCCCUGGUGGCCGACGCUGGUGCGGCACCUCCAGCAGAUCGCCGAGGCCAAGGACCCCGCCGAGUUCGUCGAGGGCAUGCUCAAGAUCCACAACAUGUGCAACGUGGGCUUGGACCCCGACGAGCCCGAGCGGCCGGACCAGACGGUGUUCGACGGGCUCCGGAAGUACCUGGAGAAGGAGCUGAGCGCCGCGGAGCGGAGCCACUUCCUGCGGCAGACCGCCCCCGCCAUGGUGCGCCGGGCCCUGGCCCUCAAGGACCUCAAGCCCCCCAGCGGCCUGCACUUCAGCCUACAGCAGCAAGGUGACCGGGUAGAGUACGACCGACCGUUCAUCGCCAGCGUUCUUGCCCACGCCUUCUUCUCGUCCUACCCGAAGCGGACGCCAAAGACUCAUCCUACACUACAAGACUGCAACUUUUCCCUGUUUUUCAGAAAUUUAGACCAGAAGUGCCAAAAAGCGAAGCUCAGAAGUAUCUGGAGGUACUUUGACGAGAUGGAACUGGACACGGCGCCGACGGAUAAGAUAAUCAUUUCCAGAGAGGUGAUGACGGGCAGGGAGUGGCUGACCAUCGAGGACUGGCUGGAGUGCGGGCUGCCGCUGUGCCCGCUCGCCGUGCGCCACGAGGGCCGCCUGGAGCGCGCCGAGCCGUCCGCGCUGCGGGUCUGCUUCGCCAACAGCAGGCUCGGCGGCGCGGCGCUCGAGGACGGCUCCUCCCAGGAGGCGGUGCAGUUCACGACGUGCCCCGAGCUGGUGGCCGUCCUGCUCAGGGUCGAGGCGCUCGAGGACAACGAGGCGCUCAUCGUGGAGAACCUGCUGCAGGUGGCGAGGAUCGCGGACCCCCGGCAGCGCGCCACCUUCGAGCCCGUCUCCGGCAGCGUGCUGCUGUCCGUCUGCUGCGUGGACGCCGAAAACUACCGCCGACUGCCACUCAGCCAGUUCGAGGAGGACAAUGUCCUCCGCGAGCUCAACAAAGCCCUCCUGGGCUUCAGACAGCAUCGCUGGGUGGCGCCGCCGCAGCCCCCGGAGGCGGCCCCUACCCGUGAGCACCACCAGAGGAGACUGUCCCCCAUCGGCGAGUCCUUCAGCUCGACGCAGUCCGACGCGAAGGAGCCUCACCACCCGGACGGCACCCCAGCCCGGGGCCGCGCCCCGCCGCGGGGCCGCUCCAUCUCGCCGUCGGGAAGGCCGCGGCCUCAGGGCCCGGGCCGGCCGCCCCGGCAGCCGGCGCGGCGCCCCAAGGGAGGUGGCGGCGGCCCGCCCCCGACGACGCCGGGCCCCGCGGGGGCGGCGGCCAGGAGGGGCCGCUUCAUCGUGCUGGGCUCGUCCGGGGAGUGCCUCCCGGUGAGCCGGAGGAAGAUCAUGACUGGCGGGCUCACGCAGAGAAGGGGCCCUGGGGGCGCGCUGGCCCCGGGGGCGGCGGCGGGGGCGGCGGUCCAGCCCCGGGGGAGGGCCGCGAGCCGGCCCCCGGGCGACGACAGCUCGGGCAGCGACGAGUUUCACAGCGCGCACUCCAGCCUGGAGGGCAGCGACGACGACCAGGACGGCGGCGCCCGGCGGUACAGCGCCGAGAUGGACUCUCCGCAGCGGCGCUCGGCCUUCGCGGAGCGCCUGAGGGAGGCCCUGCGGCGGGAGGCCCAGAGCUCGAGCGAGAGCGACGAGAGCAGCUACGCCGUCGGCAUCACCGUCGCCGGGACGGGGCUCGCCGACGAGGACAUCCGGUUACGGCGCGGCGGGUCGCGUGGCUUCAUGCUGGACGACUCCCGCUCGGUGGAGAGCUACACCGAGGCGCCCAGCGACGCGCUCGCGCUCGCCCUCACCCUCGCCGCCCAGAGCGGGCCGCCCGAACGGAGGCCGCUGGCGCAGGGCGGGGGCGCGCAGAUGCGCCGCUCCUCCUCGUCCAAGUACAGCUUCGACACGGAGCUGAGCUCAGACCUGGAGGACGCGUACGAGCAGUUCGCCAACCUGGUGGAGGACCAGCGGUCGUCGUCCGGGUCCUCCGAGAUGGAGGGCCGCGUGGACGGGCGCGACGUGGCCGUGGCCCAGUUCGCCAGCCGGCUGCUCAAGCGGACGCUCAGCGACUCGUUCGCCGGCGUGCAGCUCGGCGACGAGCACGAGCCGCAGCCCAGGAAGCCCACCCUGCUGGCCGGGGGGUCUUUCGGGGCGACGGACGGCGGCAAGCAGCGCCACCUCAAGCUCGCGCACAUCGCGAGGAGCAUGAGCCUGGAGCUCGCCAAGCACAAGCACCGCCUGGCCAGUCAGCUCGUGUCGCAGCUGGAGGCGGCGCUGAGUGGGGAGGCCGCGAGCCGCGGCGGCAUGCGCGCCGUGGCCACGGGCAACUGGGGCUGCGGCUCCGAGCGCGCGGGCGACCCGCAGCUCAAGCUCAUCAUCCAGUGGCUGGCGGCCAGCGUGGCCGGCGCGCCCUGCCUCGUCUACUACACCUGCGGACACCACAAACUGCUCAAGUUGGACACGGUGUGCAGGAUUGUGCUCGACCGACAUUGGACCGUAGGCGAGUUGACCGACGCGGCUCUUGGAUUUGCUCAAACCUGUCUCGACAGCCCAAGUCCACCCCACACAGGGCAGGCACUUUUCGAUGCCCUCCUCGGGGUGGAACGUUAAGAUUUUACUUAAAGACAUGUUCAUGUACAGAUAAUGAUGAUUUCACGAGUGCUUCAU